AACCAUUUUCAUUCUCUUCUCUCCUCAUAUUAUUUUUAUAAAAGAUGGAACGCUCUUAUAUUAUGGUUAAGCCCGAUGGUGUUGAACGUGGGUUAGUUGGUGAGAUUAUUAAACGGUUUGAACUAAAAGGUUAUCAGCUUUUGGCCAUUCAACUUUUUAAGCCAACGAGGGAACACUUGCAAGAACAUUAUAAAGAUUUGAAAGAAAAACCAUUUUUUCCGCCUCUCAUCGAAUAUAUGUUAUCAGGACCGGUAGUUGGUAUGGUUUGGCAGGGAAGAGAAAUGGUUAAAGUUGGUCGUCGUAUGUUGGGCGAAACUAAUCCAUUGAAUUCUAAUCCUGGUACUAUCCGUGGUGACUUCUGUAUUGAAACUGGACGUAACCUUUGUCAUGGAUCUGACUCUGUUGAAAGUGCUGAAAGAGAAAUAGCAUUAUGGUUCCCUUCAGGUGUUAUACAGUGGGAACGUACUAAAAUUCAAAAAUUAAUUUAUGAAUAAAUAGUAUUUUUAUGUAAGAAAAGUGCAAUGUUUUUUAAAUAAAAUAACAAUAAAUUUAUCAUCCAGUUGAUGGAUAAUUUUUUUACUA